CAGGAGCAGCCAUCCACUCAGCCUGCUCCAGGUCUCCACUUGGAGAGUGCUGGACGCCCCCGGGCCCCCUGAGGCUGGACUCUGAGCAUCAGAGCGGCCAUCAGCUGGGUCAGGGACCCAAAGCAGCAAGUGGACCAUCUCACCUUCUCCACCAAAGCAGGAAAGCAGGAUCGCGGGGCCCUCAGGUUUAGGCUGACCGCAGGCCGCUGGGCUCCCGGACACGAUGAGAGCCACAGGUCUGAUUCGCCUCCUGUCCCUCGCCUUGGUCCUGGUGGCCACCUGGAUCUUCCUUCGCUCCUCCAACAGCUUCAGCACCAAAACCCUCCGCCUGCCGCGCUGGAUGGGUGAGUGGGCUCCUCUGCCGGCGGAGGCUCCGCAGAUCGGUGCCCACCAGGCCUGGUGGCCCUGCUUCUUCUCAGCCACAGGAGCUGAGGACCCCAGGAACAUCAUCGAAACCAAGAAGACCAAGUGCGGCCUCAGCAAGCCCUGCCCGUCCAACUACUUUGCAUUCAAAAUCUGCAGUGGGGCCGCCAACGUGGUGGGCCCCUCCAUGUGUUUUGAAAACCAAGUCAUCAUGAGUCCCGUGAAGAACAACAUAGGCAGAGGCCUGAACAUCGCCCUGGUGAACGGAACCACAGGACAGGUGCUGAGAAAGGACUCUUUCGACAUGUACUCUGGAGAUGCCAAUCUCCUGGUGAAAUUCCUUAAGGAAAUUCCACGGGACACUCUGGUGCUGGUGGCCUCCUACGAUGACCCGGGGACCAAAAUGAACGAGGACAUCAGGUACCUCUUCUCCAACCUGGGGAGUUCCUACGUGAAGCAGCUGGGCUUCCGGGACAGCUGGGUCUUCUUAGGAGCCAGAGACCUCAAGAACAAAAGCCCCUUUGAACAGUUCCUAAAGAGUAAUCCAGAAACAAAUAAAUACGACGGCUGGCCGGAGCUGCUGGAACUGGAGGGCUGUGUGCCCCGGAAGGUAUUCUAGGAGGAGUGUGCAGCGCUGCCUGGGCCAGGGGCCUGAGGGAGCUGCUUGCUGACUUGGGACCCAGAGCCCCGGGAUGCUGCGCUGGGCUGGCGGGAGCCGACCUCGGAGGAAGAGGAGGGAGCAAUCGCAUGGAAGGUCCUGGCCGUCCUCACGCUCCCGCUCCCCUCCUGCUGCACAGCCAACACCCCCAUGGCCCUGCGAUGUCCACCCUGAGACACGCCCCCCCCAGGAACUGCAGACGGCUGUUGGUCCCAAGGAAGGACCGGCUGCCCACCACACUGGACCAAAAUUAAAUUUUUUU